UCUUGAUAAAUUACGCAACAACUCUGAAUCAGAAUCUUGGUUUUCAAGGUUGCUUAUAGUAUUCACUGUGAAUGUCGGUUCUCAUCGAUGGUCUCCCUGAUGCCGUUGCUAUCAGAUGUCUAGCGCGGGUCCCGUACUACCUUCACCCGAAACUAGAAGUCGUUUGUCGUUUGUGGCGGGAUGCGGCCCGCAGCACCGAGCUAUACAAAGCCCGUGAAGAGGUCAAGUCGACCGAAGAGUUCUUAUGUGUGUGCGCGUUUGACCCAGAAAACGUGUGGCAGCUCUACGAUCCGAAUCGUGACAUUUGGAUUACACUUCCAAUACUUCCUUCGAAAGUUAGGAACUUGGCCCACUUUGGCGUUGUUUCAACUGCCGGAAAGUUGUUCGUUCUCGGUGGCGGUAGUGAUGCGGUUGAUCCGUUGACCGGUGAUCAAGACGGGAGCUUUGCAACGAACGAGGUCUGGGCGUAUGAUCCGAUUGUCCGGCGGUGGGCACCACGGGCUGCCAUGAUUGUUCCUCGUGCAAUGUUUGCAUGCUGCGUGUUGAACGGGAAGAUAUUGGUGGCCGGCGGUUUCACGACGUGCCGGAAAUCGAUCUCGAAAGCGGAAAUCUACGAUCCUGAUAAGGAUGUUUGGGUAUCGAUCCCAGAUCUUCACCACACCCACAACUCGGCUUGUUCCGGGUUAGUGAUUGGGGGCAAGGUGCAUGUGGUGCACAAGGGUUUGACCACGGUUCAGGUGUUGCAGAACCUAAAGGAGGGAUGGCGGGUUCAGGAGCAUUCAUGGGUGCAUGGUCCGAUGACCGUGGUCAAGGGUUCGUUAUACGUCAUGAGCCAUGGGCUCAUAUACAAACAAGAGCAGGACUCGAGGAGAGUGGUGAUUUCGGCUUCCGAAUUCAAGAGAAGGAUCGGGUGUGCUAUGAUCGGUUUCCGGGAUGAUAUCUACGUGAUUGGAGGCGUGAUCGGGCCGGAGGGGUGGAACUGGGAUAUCAAGAAGAUGUCGGGUAUCGAUGUUUUGACCCUCGGGAGCGAGAGACCCGUGUGGCAGCAAGCGGCUCCGAUGACAAGGUGUCGGGGAACGAUUCUUGGUUGUGCCGAGCUGAGAAUUUAGGUGUCGUCAUCUCUCGGUUGUCUUUUUGUUUUCGUCUUGAAUAGUUAUGUUGUAGGUCUUGACUAUCUGAAACCGAAAGUAGCAUCUUCU